GAAGUGAGAGACAUAGACAAAAUGUAUGUUCAAAGAGGUUAUCUUUGCUAAAAUUAAAAAGGAAAAUCUGUAAAAUAACAAAAAUAUUCUGGGCCAAUUUCUUAGAUUAGCUUAGUUGGUCUAUGGUUCCUGCAGUAGAAAAUGAAUGCUAGAUAUGGUUUUUGUUCUUUUUCAAAAAAACGAACGUUUUUAUCUAACGGUAUCCGAUUUUUGAGCAGGCCUAAGGAUCAAGAUUAUUUUCUUUCGAAAACACAGAAGUUAUGUUUGAAUAUUCAAGAAAGUCGAAAUUACUCAACAGAAUCUGAUGAAAAGUCCCCUAAAAAUAUCAAACUUCCUCCUUUAAUGAAUUUUCCAAGGGUAAUAUGGCCCUCAAUUCUAAGAUCAUUCAAAAAUACUAUUUUAUCAUAUGUCAUUAUAAAACCUAAUAUGGACUAUGACUUCGAUUUGAAUGAAUUCGUAUUGGGAUCUAAAAAAGCUGUUCAUGUGGUUUCAAAAAAGCUUUCUACAGGCGAAGACUUAAGUGAGUUGGUUACUGAUGAUAUUAUUCCUGUAUUACAAUCUAGAUUGUCAGUUAUGUCUGUUGCUCAAAGAGAAUGGCUAGCCAUCGAUGAAGAAGACAUAUACUUCUCAUUUCCAUAUCAGGUGGGCAUAAUGUUUAAUGAUGAUGACCAAAAACGUUUUGUUGAAAUAUUGAUGGUACAUCAUUCAUUAAAAGGUCUGGGUGAAAUGAAAUCAAGAGGUGAAGAAAUUCCUUUGAAUAUAGGGUUCCUGCCAGAAUACCAAAAUAAAAUAUGUAUUGCUAACUAUAGAUUUAUAAGGGAAUACACCAAAGGAGUCAAAGAUGACUGGACAAUCAACCUACUAAAUCAUUUCAAGCCAGCUGAUGAAAUAGAGGAGAACUGAAAUGAAAUUUUUAGUAUUACAAAAAUAUUGUGAAUUAUUCAAAUUUAUUAAAUUUAUUUCUAUUA